UGCAGGAAGGGAAGGCUACUUUUAUGGGCGUGGUUUGCUGUUACGUUCUCGUUGUGUUCAACAUGGCGACCCCCAUAGAUUUAGAGCUGAAGAAGGCCUUUGCAGAGCUGCAAUCGAAAAUGAUUGACACACAACAAAAGGCGAAACUGGCAGAUCUUCAGAUCGACCAGCUCACUCGCAUGAAGAAACAUGCCAACCUGACACAUGCAGAAAUAAAAACCCUACCAGACAACACCCGCAUGUAUGAAGGAGUAGGACGCAUGUUCAUCUUGCAGUCUAAAGAAGAUAUCAACACACAGCUGACUUACAAACAGAAGACAGCAGAUGAGAAAAUUAAGGAGCUUGAGCAAAGGAAGACAUACCUGGAGCGCACCGUGAAGGAUGCUGAGGACAACAUUAGAGAAAUGCUCAUGUCUAGGAGGGCCCAGUGAGAUAUAAACACCAAUACAAACUCAUUGACAAAUGCACACCUUCGCUAAUUUGUGAAUUCCCUCUGAAAUUAUGUUUAUAACCGGCUACAAGAACACUUAAAAACUGACCAAGCAGGUGCUAUUGUCCAAAUGGAGUCUGUAGAGUUUUUCUGGCUUCUGUAACAUCUGCCCUGUUACUUAAGAUAUACAAUCUGAAGGGACUGUAUCUUCACAUUACCUUAGGCAAGUUAAAUCAUCCGCUUGUAAAGUGUCUUGCAAUGUCAUUUUAACUUCUCAGCUGUUUUUGUUUGUUACUGCUGCAGUUUGUUGAUAUGAUAAUAAAAAUGGGUAUUGUAACGAGA